AUGGCUGCCAUGGAGUGGUCUGUUAGUCAAGACGGCUGUUUGUCUGUUGGGGAGCAGACUUGCAGCGUUACUUUUCACCCCAAGCUCAAUACCAUUUUGGCUGUCACCCAGGAUUCUACUGUACAAGUAAUAGAUGUAAACUCGGGUGCCAUACUUCAAAAAUCGACCCUCUCAGGCAAGCACGAUGGCAAAAUUCAGAGUUUAUAUUUAUCUGAUAGCGAUAAAAUCUUUGUUACUGAUGGACAAGCAGUGGGCUUACGUAAAGAUCUGAGUGGAGUACUUCUAUUAGACACAGCCUUACAGGCACCUGUAGCCCGCAGUGAAGACUUAGUCAAGGUGGAAUUAUUAGCAUCAGAGGCUUCUCAGUUUUUAGCUUGUUUGAAGAAAACAGAUUUACCUGGGGUGGAAUUUUUAGAAGAUGUAUUAGAAGAACUGGAAAAUGGUUUAAAAGGAAAUACUCAACUUGACCAUGCAAAUCAUAAAUUAGCAAAGUGGGCGUCUGUGAGUUUACAUCUUCCUUUAUGUGCGUUAAGAUCUGUAUGUAAUAGUUUAAUAUCUGAGUUGAAGAGGGCCAACCAGCAUGUUCCUAGUUUAUCCAUUGCCUCCUCUAUCAUGGAUCGUCUUACUGCAUUGUACCCGGCUGGACAGUCUGACCUUGCUCACUCAACUACAUCAGUCGGUGGUCGAACUAUCGAUCGGUCCCUCAUGUACAGUGAGGCAGCACGUAGAGAGACGUUUGGGCCAUGGCCGCAUAUGGAUUACAAAUAUGCUCUUCCUGAUGCCAUGGCCCAAGCAGGGUUUUAUCAUCAGCCUACAUCCACUGGUGAUGACCGUGCAAUGUGUUUUACAUGCAGUGUGUGCUUGGUUUGUUGGGAACCAACAGAUGAACCAUGGUCUGAGCAUGAACGUCAUUCGCCUAACUGUCCAUUUGUCCGAGGGGAAUAUACGCAGAAUGUGCCAAUUUUUGUAACCUUAGCAACAGGGCCAGCACAGUUACAUGCAGAUGGUUCACAGGAGAUCACAUGUGUUAGCAGCACUUCCUGUUUGAAUCUGAUGGCCACAUCAUCAGUGCAUGGCAACGUCUGCAUAUGGGAUGUAUCAAGACAGCUCAAGUUGGAGAAAAUGUUCAAUAUUGAUCCAUUGGAACCAUUAAUUUUACAUAAGCUUACAAAAAAAGUUGGUCCCAAUAAACUGUUUGAAGCUUGGGGUGAAAUGAAAGAUGAAACUGUUGAAAUUGUAUCGAAAAGUGUCAAGACAGAAACUGAAAAGAAGACGACUGACAAAGAAGUAACAAAAGAAGAUGAAGGUGGAGGCUCAAUACAAGUUAUUGAUAUAAGUGGUGCUUGGAAAAGUCAGUCAGAUUUGGAAAACAUCAACAAUAACCGUAGUAGUGCAGUGGCAAGUAAAGUAACUCUAACACCACCUUCGGAGGAUGUCUUGGUUACAUCACUGAGCUUAGUUGGGAAACCAGAGAGAAGCCAUCAUAUAUUGAAAGCUGAAACCAAAGAGAAGAAAACAAUCAGUCCUGUUUUGCUUGCUGGAACUCUUAUAUGUAGAUUAAACAGUGCUUCGCAAUCUCUUAGUGCAAAUUCCAAUGGCAACCAUGCCCCUUUAGACAAUGAAACGGAUAGAACUAAUGCCCCAGAUGCUGUCACUACUGCUUUACCCAGUGGAUCGCAUAGUUAUAGUACACCAUGCAUAUUAGUUUAUGAUAUGGCAAAUAAAACUGAACCUGUAAAACCUGAGCCUGCCCCUGCCCCCACUGAGAGUAAAGGCUCAACUGUUUUCUCUGGACAGGCGUCCCUUCAAGAAUUCUACAUGCCACAGAUAUUAGAAGUUGAGGACCAGCAGAUUUACAUUGAAGAACCGGUAUCUUUUAUGGAAUCAAACGUCAAUUCCACUUCCCCAGGCGAAGACACGGUGGAUCAUCGCAGUGCUAGCUCAGAGAAAAAAGUUGGCGGUUUAGUGCAGUGUAUAGAAUUACCCGAGUCUGUGGCUCCUAGUAUGUGCGUGUCGCAAAUUUUACCGACUGUAGAUAGCUCUCAUGUUAUAGUUGUGGUUGUCCCGACUGACACCAUGGACACUAUAAAGCAAACAGGGAAAGAGUGCAAUGGGGGUACCUCUGGGCAAAAUGAUUUAAACAAAGAUAGUACAGGUAUUGUAGAGAGUCCUGAUAUUGACAGCAAUGCUGCUGAGGGCUCCUCGUUACAGGAUCUCACAGCUGUGGACUCUGGAGGAUUCCUUCUCUUGUAUAAAUUAAACUAUACUUUUGGUACUAUUACCUUAGAUGAACAACCAGCUGUGCAACUUAAAAUUAGCUCCUUGAAAAAGAUGAUCACAAGCGUGAUUGUUUUGCCACCAGAGGCUUGUGAUACUGCAGGUGAUGAUGAUAUCAUCACUCCGGAAGAGAAAUCGGCUUCCCUUGAAAAGGGUAAGGCUAGUGAAAAUGGCAGUACUGUGAGAAGUCCUUGUCUGGGUCAGCUGGCAGCAACGACGUGGGAAGGUGGUAUAGCUAUUCUGGAUAUCGGUACAUUUACAACGCUGGCUGAGAUUCCUGCAUGUUCUGAUUGCAGCAGUGGUAAAGUAGUUAGAAGUAACAAAGGAGAACAGUUUGUUGCAUUGACUUACUGCCAUGGUAUGGAGAGGAUGUGUGCAUGUCGGGCCAAUGGGGAACUUUGUUUUUUUCAAGUGUGUGCCAGAGCACAAGAUUUGGAUGUUGAUGAAGUUGGAAUGAUUGAAACGGUAGAUGACCAGAAAUCAAUGGAUGAUCUUAAAUUUGGUGAUGUGUUGAGAAAAAGUAAAGAAUCCGCAGGGAAUGAUUUGUUCAUCAAGCAACCAUUGACUCCGGAAAACCUUAGUAGACUGGUUGAUUUGACAAAGUUUCAAACCCUAGUGCCAAGAUUUACAGCGGCCGUGCCCCCAUGCUGGACUGAAGUACAACAAGAACAGCAACAGAGAAGACAUCCGCAGCAUUUACAUCGCUUACAUCAUGGAGAUGCCACGCAACAUACUAGGACAUGGAGGUUACAACCUGAUAGCCUGAGUUGGAAGGAACACCUGUUUGAAAUAGUGCUACCCAAGCCUUGUAGCGUAGGCCAUGUAGAUGUAAAGUUUACCCUACACAACUUGUGUGAUUUCAUCCCCAAAGUACAAGUAACUCUCCUAAAGCAAAAUUCCUCAAAUAUUGGGCGUUCAAAUCAUAAUGGUGGAAUCAAGGAAGAUGGUAUGAAAAAGAAAAGCUCUAAAAGUACAUCUAAGAACAAAAAAGAAAAAAUCCCAAUGAAUAUAAGUGAGACAACAGACCAGUCUACGGUUAAACCCUUAGAUGACCACUUUGAUGUUAAUAUGGAUCAGCUGGGACCUAAAGAGACUAAGGAACAAAAUAUUGAUGUUGUUGGGAAUUCUGAAGCUCCCCCAGAGUUCUGCCCAACUGCUGGUCAAAGUAGUGACAAUGAUAGUGAAAUGAAAUCUACGUUUUUAGAGAAGCACAAACUAGACGUGAUAUGUGGUCCUAUUGACAUCAAUUCAUCUAUGGAUAUGAGUGGUAGAGGUGGUCUCAUUACGAUGACGAGUCAGGAUCUACUGAAGAUGAAAAGUAGAUCAUUCCUACUUCACAUUCAAGCUGUAGAGUCACCCGAGAAUGAAGCUAAUAGUAGGAAGAAAAUGCAGUCAACAACCGGCAAGGGAGCCUCAAUUACCUGCACUAUGAAUGCAUAUGGACAGCCACUGAGUGCCACAGAGAGACUCGUUGCAGGAGCUACCAAUAAGGAAAUUGACAGCUAUCAUGGCUGUGACUGGAUACAAGAAUUGUCUGUCACCAUCAGGAGAACUAAGAAAACAUCAUUGAUUAGAGACAGAACACAAAGAGUUAAAAUGCUUGAGUACAACGCCUUUCACGAGAGACUGAUCCAGGCUGUUUGUGGAGAAGAUGAUUAUUUUGAUAGAAGUGUUAGUUUUGAACAUUAUCAAAGUAUGGCGCUAGACAUACUGUGUUGGGUAGCAGGUGUGCAAAUCAAUGAACCAAUCAUCAUUGGAUCAGACAACUUAGUGUUCUGUGUACAAAAGCAACUGUUACCACUUACCAGGGCAUGCAUCUUAGAAGCUGACAGAAGUGUUGCUCAUGAGUUCAGUCAGCUUGUGGCACUCUGUACUGGGAGAGCGAAACGAAGUAAAGAUUGUGAUAUCCUAAAGUCUUUCAAUACGUGUUUGUUACAUGCCAUGUUAGAAUGUCUUCCGUUCAUACCGUGUGCUGGUUCUGCUGGUUCCUUACACUGGUUUUUUGUUCUACUCAACUUGGUGAAAUCCAUGGAUCUGGAAAGCACUGGUAAAGCCUGUGCCUCUCUGUUAACAUCUGUUGCCAGGCAGUUACAUGAAAAUAUGUUACCACGACAUUUACUGCUUAGAGCAAGGUUUGGGUUAUAUGGAACACCACUGGAGCCUGUGUUAUUUGAUACAGAGCCAGCAUUACCUGUGAAACCGCUGAACACCACCACAACUAGCAGUAGUAGCAGUAGUAGUAGCAGUAGCGGUGGAAGUACUGGUCAUCAGACUGGACCCCCUCUUACUACCUUACCAUGUGAUGUGGAAGUAGACUUCAAAUCCUUGCUUGGAAAUGGAAAUGGAAACGGUAAUGGCAAUGGUAAUGGCAAAUCAACACAAUCGACAUCAUCUAGUACAGUAGACGUUGGAGCUCAGUUAUUGAAAGGCUUACUUGAAGUGGAACCGUUACAUUUCACUUGUGUUGCUACGAGUGAAGGCACACAUGUGGAGAAAAUAGACACAGGUGGAAAUCCUACCAUUGGUGGACUAGUGGCCACCCUUGCUCCUGGUACUUCUAGUUUAGGAGAAGGUACAAUAACUACAUCAGCGCCUGGAGCUGCAAUGAGUGCUCUAUCUGGUGCCAUGGCGUCAGCUGAACAGCAGUUACAACUUCUACAACAGAAACAACAGCAGCUGAUUAAAUUGCAGCAACAGAAACAGAAACUUGAAGACAAGUUGCAGAUGAGUUCGACCUCUGGUAACAUGCCUCCCUAUCAGUAUUCCAGUGAAUUAUUUCCUGCUACUCCUAAGAACACUCCUUUCUUCAUGACACCGCCACUAACGCCGCCCAAUGAGACCCUUGGCGUCAGUGGUAUGCCAGGUAUUAGUCUUGUUCCAAUCGGUGAAGAAGGAUUCUAUUCUCUUGGCAAGACUUUUGCCAAGGUUGUAUCUCAGGGAAUGAAAUCCAAGGGAGGUGUGAAUAGAAAUGUUACUUCUAAUACCCCUUUACCACCAGCGAAUCAGUGUCUAUUACAACCACCUCAGCCCCAUGUCCUCGUUGUAGAAAGAAUGCAUUCAGGAGCUAGAAGAUUUGCAGUGUUAGAUUUUGGCUGUCCCAUCCUACUGACUGAUGUGCUGAUACCAGCCUGUAAUGACAUGUCAUCAUUAUCCAUUGAUGUCUGGGUUAAAGGUGAAGAAAUUGAUGGGCGUCGACUUGUAGUUGCUAUGGAUAUUGGUAGUAGAUCUCUGGUUCUUAGUGAUCUCUUACCUCCUGCAGUGUGUAGAUAUAUUAAGAUAACUGUGAUUGGUAAAUACGGAGGUAAUACAGUAAGAUCCAAGAUUCCCAUCGGUACCUUUUAUGGUCAUACCUACAUCCUACCUUGGGAAAACGACAGCAUUGUACAGUCGGCAGUAGAUAGUAAUUCCAGCAUAGAUAAUGAAAAUCUACAUCUAGAGCAUCACUUGGUGUCGUUAGUUUCGCUACAGGAAGAUUUACAAUGUAGAUACAGUCUGGCAUGUAAUCGGCUAGAAACACUACUAAGCGGAAUUGAUCUGCCACAGUCAGUAGGAACUAGCGCUCAGUUCUUUGUGAGGAAGAACAGCGAAAAGAGCGAGGAAGACACCAAGAUACACCAGGCGUAUCAUGAUUGUAUGCAGCUUCAGUUACAGUUAAACUUAGCACACAGAGCGAUCAAUCGUUUGAAAAGUGCCUGUGGUUCUAUGCCUACAAGAACGAUGCAAACGCACAAUGCUUCAGCACAGCUGAAACAAACCUCUACUGACCAGCUGCGAGUAAUCACCGAGUAUCUCUUGGAUACCUUGCUUAGUAUAUGCAAUAGCUCUGUGAAGUCUACCCCUACUACUUUGUAUAGAAUAUUUGAUAUGAGUGUGUGUGAAGCUCUCUUUAAACAUCUCUGUGUCAGUGGUACGCCACGCACUAGGAUACGAUGUGGUGCUCUCUUAGUUAAGAUGUGUGGUGUGCAGCCUUGGUGGGGGGAGUUUCUGGCCAAUUCGCUGCAGGAGUUCUUCAACUCUGAACAGAACUUUGUGUUUCCUCAGGAUAGGUUGUUUGUGUUACUUGCUGUUCUGGGUCAGAAAUCAAUAGCAUGUAAUAAUUCUAGUAAUGUGUUAGAGCAUCUAUUGAAUUUACUUGCAAAGUUACUCGCUCCAUUGCAAUCCAGUCAUGGUCAGUACUACAUCGUUACAGGUGGAGGGACUCUGGAUUUGUCAUUGAUUAGCUGGGUUCUGUUAUUUCUGUCACGUACAUUGGACAGUACAGUUGCCAACAAUUCAAAUUCAGAUGAUGAUGAUGAUAUUGAAUGUAAAGCAAAUAACAAGGACAAGGAUAAAGAAAAAGGAUCCACUUCUAACAGCGUGAAUGGAAAUAGAUGGGAUUUCAUUACAAGUGAUUUCAUGACAUCCAAUAGUCAAUCUACAGGUGUUAAUAUCAAAUCUGUUCAUCAUAGUAGAUUAAAUAGGCGACGAUUGAAGCGUCAACUUAUGCAUCAUAAACAACAACUAAUAGAUCUCCAGGCAAAACACAAAAUGAUUUCAUCUCAGUUGAAGGAGGAAGGAAAAGGGCAAGAAACUGUAGUACAACAGAAACUAAUGAGAGAACUAAAACAACGCGCAUCAAAGCAUUUCAAGGAUCUGUUGAUGCUGCGUCGGAUGACAAGUAAAGAUACAUCCAGAAGUGAUAAAGAAGAAAACAGUAACCAUGGAGACAGAGGAAUGGAUGUUGAACCACCAGUCUUCCAGUUGCCAAGAGAUAAAAGUAUACCAGUAGUGCAGGGAUUAAUGGCAUUGCUCUUAUCAAUGGACUUCACAUGUCAUGUGGACUUGUUUCUCGUAACAUGCAAGGUGUUAGCCCGCAUUUCCAAUGCAUCCAGACCAGCCAUCACUCUACCUGAAAUCAUGAGUGAACAGCAGUUGGAACAACUUCUUAUGCUGUGUGUGGGCACUAAUUUCAAUCGUGGCAAUGUUGCAUGGGGUGGACCAUGGGCAUAUCAUGCUCUGUCUACACUACUCCUAGAUGUUCAAGAAGGUGAGUUGAUUUACCCCAUCUCAGCACUAGCUGCUGCCAAUGUAACUGAUGAAGAUAUCAGCAGCACUUCCACUGAGACUGACGAGACAUUACAACAAUCAGCUUCUAUAUCAGUUAUCAAUGAAUCUGAGUCAAUCAGUGUGGCAGGGACAUCAGGAAUUGUAAGCAUGGGAAGUUUUGAUGAGAAUCAAACUAAAGAAAGUAGCACUACUGAGGAAGGUCCAGUUGAUCCAUCGGAUCCGCAGAUGGCAGAGUUUGUUGAGAUUGGUAAAAAGGAGUUCAUGGAAGAGAUGAAUUUUCUAUGCAAUCAAAUUCAUGAUUGGGGUGCUAUGGACGAGAAGAAUAAAAGCAAACUGCAACAGAAGGCUGCGUAUAUUGCAAGUAUGGGAGUGUUAGGCCAUCCAGCUUCUAUGAACAAUGCAGUGGGCGGCCCUGCAUCUAAAUACCAUAUUUCCAACCACUUUGAAAGUGAUGUCACCAAAGCAGCCACUAUGUCGUCCACCAUGAAUGUUUCUAUGGCUGUGGAUGCACGACUGGAAGUUGGUCUACAGCUUAGAGCUGAAUGGUUUCUGAAAAUUGUGUCUGUGGUGGAAGCCGAUGCCAUUAUACAAGCUUUAAGUGCCCCUCUGCAACCGUUACCAUUUGUAGGUGGUCAGAAUCAAUGUUUUGAUAGCCCACAAACUGACGAUGCCUUAUUCUCGUCUAUACAAGCCAUGGUGGCUACCUCAUCUUCUCAGAUGCUCAGUUCCUGCUUUGAUCACUUGUUCUCCCAAAUACAGUUUCAACGAAUCAACCUGGAUUCCAUCCUGCAAUUGUGGCUGACUCUCAAUGAGAAUAACCCUGAAUCAGAAAGGAAUGAUAAUUGUACAUUUGAUGCUACUGUGGUGCCAAGUAUACCAUUGAAUCAAAGUUCAAUGUCAAGUUUGCUAGCUUGUCUUGCUUGGCAAUACAAUGUACCUGUUCAUACGUGGUGUUUGGCGUUCCAUACCCUGGCAUUGCUAGCUAAUAUGAAGAGUGAAAGUGAAAAUCAAACAGUUUGGAUGGCCAAUGCUAUCGUAGCUGAUUGCAAUCUCCUACCUGCUCUUAUCAAGUUUCUAUCCACAGCAAUGUACCAAGGAACCACAGUAAUGGGACAGUCACAUUUACAGAUUGGGCCAUCAGCCACUCAGGCCAUGUUUGAGUUUCUAACGAGGCUUCAGCUGCGAUGUAAAACAUCAAUUCCACCCACAAUUGAUUCACUCAAAGAACUGAUGCUCAGAUUGGUAUACAAGUUAACUACAAAUGGUGGCGCAUUUCAAAUUGGUCAGGGCCCAUUAGAUGCACAAGUAAAGCUUAUGGAUUAUAUCCUGGAACAGAAGUAUGAACCUACUGACAUCAGUACAGCAGUGAGUCUGGUGGAAGCUAUCGCUACAUUGGUACAUAACCACAUCAAAACAACAGAUAAGCUUAUAUGUAGAAGUUCAUCUGAAGGCAGUGUUAGUGCAAGAUCAUGUUUUGGAGGACUGUUUGCAAGCAUGCUUAGACCAAGUGACUCUAAAACAGCCGUAGGGGAAGCCAAUCGCGACUUGCUCAUGUGUUCCCUACUUAGGUUAGUAAAUAACCUAGUUGAGGUUCAAUUAAAGCAGGACAAUGCCACUGGCAGUGCAGCAGCGACAUCUGCAAGUAAUCGCUUCAGUGGAAGCUUUAGUGAUGAUGAUAUCGCCUCGGCCCCAAGCGCUCAUAGUACACCACAACCUAUAGAAGUUGGGAUGAAUUUAUCGGAUGCGUCCAAACUGGUUGCAACUCAGCAGCAGCAGCAGUCACAACCGCACACUCCUCUACUCAGCCCUACAGCCAGCAUAAGUGAUGAAGAGAAGACCUCUGAGCAGCAAGAGCAGCAAUCCGACAGUGCUCCUAAGAAGAAAUCUGUACCACAUUGCAGUCAUUAUCCGUCUGACACUGAAGAAGAUGAACCCAAAGUCAAGUGUAUUGCUGACGUUGUGCUUGGAAAGCCGCAAACCAUGAUGCAUUUCCUGGGUUCUUUAAGUCACUGUAAUAGCAACACCAUGGCCAUGAUUAUAGGAAGUAGCGGACUCAGCCAAGUUACAAUGUCAGAGAGUUUCACAUCUAUCGACCCACUAUCAGUCGGUGACGCUGUCUUUCAAGUCCUGUGUACAUUAAACAAGAAGGCAACGACCUUGGAGCUGAUCAUGAGACCAAUCUUGGAUUAUCUAGUUGGACAUUUGCCUCGUACUGCCUCUCCCUGUCUCUUAUCCGAACCACUUCUGUGGUUUGUACUGAGAGUGUUAGACUGUGAGAAGUCACUGAAGGUAUUCAAUGAUAUGAAUGGAGUUCAAAUUAUCUGUAAUAAUAUGGUUUAUAGUAACCGUGCUGUCAUCAACAUUUCGCCCAGUCUAGUCUCAACUAUAAUGCAGUAUUUGGGAAAUGGCAGUAAAAUAUCUACAACUAACAGUGCUAAAUCAAAUAAGUCUACUAGCAUGGAUGCGGAUCCAUCAGAAGGACUUCAUAACUUUGCCCCGUAUGGUUCUAUCACAUCAACAAGUCCUACAGCGCAACCAGCUGACGUAUUAUUACAGUCUCAACCCCCACAUCGUAGGGCUAGAUCAGCGGCAUGGUCGUAUCAUUUCUACCCUGAUGAAGCCUGGUGUGAUCUAACUAUUACAUUACCUAGUGCAAUAUUAUUGAAAGAGAUACAGAUACAACCACACCUAACUUCUCUUGCAACAUGUCCAGCAUCGGUAUCCAUAGAAAUGAGUCGUGAUGGUUCUGCAAUGAUACCUAUAAGUUCACCAAUAUCAACCAGCGGUCUGACUUUCAUUAAACUGCAACUCCAUAAGCCCGAAGUGACCACGUCGGUUUGUUUGAAAUUACACAAGCCUAGGGAUUCAUCUACUAUUGGAUUAUCUCAGAUAAUGUUGUUGGGAUUAACGGCAUUUGGUAGUACAGCUAGCUCUACAAUCAUUAAUCCGUUUGUACCAACUGAAGAUAAUGUUUCCAAGUCAAGUAUUGGAUGGCUGAGAAUACUACACCACUGUCUGACUCAGGUGAACAAUGUAGAACAAGUGAUAGCGAGUUCAGCAGCGCCAAUCCCUAAUUUGUUGACCACAUGUUCAGCAUUGUUGUUAUCGCCGCACUGCAAUGUCUACGCAUCUAAUAUAGAAGCUGUAUUACUUAAGAUUGGUUUACAUGAUACAGAGAUUGGGUUACAGGUUGUGGAUAUUCUACUCCGCAAUAACUACUGUACUUCAGAUCCAGACUCAGCUUCUUCUUUACUGGGAAGAUUACAUGGUACAUCAUCAGAUUCCACAGUUGAUAUAAUUUAUCAGUUAGGAUUUACCCAAGAUGAUGGCACAAUACUAAGAGUGAAAGCAUUAGCUGACUGGAUUGGUGAUACAGCUAGAGUAGCUUUACAGAAACACGGUCGUGAACAUGGUGGUUCAUUUCAGCGGGCUCCUAGAAUGCUGUCGGCAGCUGAUCAAGGGCUAUCAAUGCCUUCGGCUGCGCAUGUGCACUGUGUUGCCGCUAUACUAUGGAAGAGCUAUGAGAAACCAGUGGAGUAUGAUCUUCCUUCAGUACUUACACGGGAACUGUUCAGUUCUGUUUAUGAAUGGUCUAUGGUGCUACCACAUAAUUCAACACUUAAGAGGGCUGUAGAUUCUGUAAUCUGCGCAAUCUGUUAUAUACAGCCAAAGUUCUUUAAUACAUUGAUGGAGUGGAUGGGAAUCAUUAUUGAAAGAGAUGAAGAAAUUGUCAGUGCUUUAACAGAUGACAGUAAAGAUAGAGAAAGAAGUGCGUCAAUCACAGAUGAAAUCAAGGAAGCUCAUCAAGCCAGUGGUGGAGUAGUAGAUGAAGUACCGCUGGUCUUACAAGAAUUUGCACAUAUGAUGUUGGAUGAAACUCACCUACAAACACUUGCUGUUACGUGUCAGUCUGCUACAGCCAUUAAGCAGUUACUGGAUUCUGGAUUCCCAGCUGUUUUGGCACAGGCAUUGUUGGAAUUUUGUACCAGAGAGAUUGCUCGUACUAUAGAAGGUGUGACAGGUGAUCAAAAUGUAGAGAUUACAAGACCAAAAAUGUCAUCACCAAGAUCCCCCCGGUCACCGAGGGGGAGAAGGUCUAGUAUGGAGUCUGACGGGGGCUACUUGUCCAUAACAGCAGAUCUCAUUGCCCCUGUGUUGAACUUCUUUGCGGAAGUAUCAAAGGAAGAUAUGAUGAAGGAAUGGUUAGGUGGUGAAGAAGGUAACAUUUUCUGGCCGGCUUUAUUGACACUGCUUUGUAACACUAGUAAUAAUGCUGUACAGCCUACAACGGUGUUUACAAGCCCCAAGAAAUCUCAGGUAUUAAGCACUCAGCACAGGACUGCCAUUGAAACGACCACUGUCAAGUACUUCUGUCAAGUCAUCUCAGGUCAUCCAUCAAAUCAACAGCUUGUGGCAAGUGUACUGUGUGACGUUAUCCGCAGUAAGAGUUCACAGACCAGUAUGUCGGGCUCGGCCAUCUCUGGGUUCACACGCAGACUUUUCUUACAGUUGAUGUUGGAAGAUGAAAAGAUAUUGAUAUUCAUUGAUUCACCGUGUCAGCUGUACAAAGGACGUAACAAUGCAACGGCCAAUAUUGUACAACAUCCAAGAUUUGGUACUGGACACAAGUUCAGGACGAUUGACGUCAAGUUGUCAGCAUCAUGUUCUGAUGUUCUUUCGAAGGUGUCAGAUACGCCAUCCCUUACUGCGAAGUUGAUUGAAUCAAGAGAAAAGCGGCAGAAAGAAGAGUUGAGUAAAAUGGAAGAGAAACCAGUUCUACCUCCGGCAGCAGCACCCUCAGAAGAAGAACCACAAGAGAAUGGUACAUUAGAAGGUAUACAAGGAUCUAUGGAAGUAUUGGAAAAUCUAAGUAUUUCCGCAGGUAUAAAGGCUAAGGCUAAGAGAGUUGAUACUAAAUCAGGGGUACCUCCACGACCACCAAGCAGACGAGGUAAAGCAUCCACUGAGAAGACCACAACACUAGAUCCUAUGAACAUACCUGUGUUAUCACUGUAUCAUAAACUAAUACCAGGACAAGCAUUGCCUAAUGAUUUAACUAUGGCACAGUUAAUAGUACUGUUACAAGAACGAGGACUGCCAGCUGGUUAUCCAUCUAUUGAAUUCUCCAUGAAACUGAGUGCUCGGCGAUUUAGUUCAAUGGCCAAACCUGACAGCGCCAAGAGACUGAAAACAGAUAAAGAUGCUAACAGUGAAGAAUUAGUUCUGGUGGCACCAACUCAUCAAGCUAUUCAUGACCAGCAGCCAGUUGAUCCAAUACCAGAUGAAGUGCUUCUUGAUUCACCCAGUAUGCCAUCGGUGUUGCAAGUGUUUGCAAGUAUGGGCGGGCUAGCACUAAUAGCUGAGCAUUUACCACUACUGUAUCCAGAGAUAUCAAGACAAGCAUCGGGUCCCGUUAUCGAGAAAGGUUCUGAAUCUGCUGGGCUGAGUGGAAAAUCAGAAGCCUGGGUAACUGUGGAGCAAAAUGAAGAUGAGCUAUAUGAGGUACCGGAGGUAUUACCACCCGCUCCACCACCAUCAUCUUCUGCUGGUCAGAGUCACAUAAGUAGUCUUGCUGUACCACCGCACUCGCUGGCUGCCUUUGGGUUAUUCCUACGACUACCAGGAUAUGCUGAGGUGUUGCUGAAAGAGAGGAAGAAAGCUCAGUGUUUACUAAGACUUGUACUAGGUGUCACUGAUGAUGGAGAUGGAGGUCAUAUUUUGUCGUCUCCACUCGCAUCAUCGUUACCAACUUUACCAUUCCAUGUGCUGAAGACUUUAUUUGAUAGUACCCCACUGACCACUGACGAUGGCGUUUUGUUGAGGCAAAUGACAUUAGAGAUUGGUGCUGUACAUCUUAUACUGGCUUGUUUAGCUGUAUUAAGUCAUCAUGGUCCUCGAGUCUCAUCUGGAGUCCAUGGUCAACAAGAGACCCAGCCUCAGCAACCAAUACAGCAGAGCAGUACAGAGAAGUCGCAGAAUUACUGGGCUAAAGGUACUGGUUUUGGUACAGGAUCCACUACCUCAGGGUGGGAUGUGGAACAGGCCCUUAACAAACAGAAGGCUGAAGAGGAGCAUGUCACAUGUUUAUUGCAGGUGCUGGCCAGUUACAUUAACCCUGGUGGUGAGAAACCAGGUGAAGAUGAGGACAUAGAGUGGGGCAAUAUGGAACAACUAAACACUAUAUUUCCACACUUGUUAAUUGAGUUACUCAGUGAUUCAUGUCUGAUACCUGCGAUAUCAUCGUAUCUAAGAAAUGACUCAGUGCUGGACAUGUCCCGUCAUGUACCUUUGUAUCGUGCACUAUUAGAACUACUACGCGGCAUGGCAUUAUGUCCACUGUUAGUGCCACUACUAUUGCCUCUACAAGGUGGUGUCGACAGCGAUGAUGAAGACGCACCAAAUGAAAGUACUGUAUGUGUUAGUAGUCUACUCGAGAAAAUGCAAUCUUGUGUUGACACUUAUACCAGCAGGUUAAAAUCCAACAAAGAGAAGAUUAGCAAAGGCCGGAAACCAGAGCCAAUGACUGCUGAAGAAGAAUCUGAAUCAGAAGGACUUGCUUUAUUAGUACCAGACAUGAAGGGAACUAUGAAAUUAGUUCAGAAAUCUAUAGAGAAACUGAAAACCAUGGAAGGAAAGAAUAGUACUGAUGGUAGUGGUCUAAACUCUGUUGGUAGAUUAUUGCAUUCAAAACCUAAAGUUCCACUUCAAGAAAGAUACAUAGAAAUAAUGAGAGAGUUACAGUUUGACACGUUUGUAAUGAUUACUGAUGACAGCUCUGGCAAAUUGCUAUUUAAUGUUCCUCACCGAUACACAUCAAAUAUUAAAUCUUCUGGUGAUGGCAGUAAUGCUGCCCGUGCGAGACGCCUGGCUCAGGAAGCUGUCACAUUGUCAACAUCUCUACCUCUAUCCCAUAAUUCCAGUGUAUUUGUUAGAUGUGAUGAAGACAGACUUGAUGUUAUGAAGGUGCUGAUUACUGGUCCAUCUGAAACUCCUUACGCCAAUGGUUGUUUUGAAUUUGAUGUCUAUUUCCCACAAGAUUACCCACAAUCCCCCAUGCUGAUUAAUCUGGAGACGACGGGACAAAAUAGUGUUAGAUUUAACCCCAAUUUAUAUAAUGAUGGAAAGGUCUGUCUAAGUGUAUUGAACACAUGGCAUGGACGACCAGAAGAGAAAUGGAAUCCACAAACAUCAAGCUUCUUGCAGGUGCUGGUGUCUAUACAAUCUCUCAUCCUAGUAGCCGAACCCUACUUCAACGAACCAGGUUAUGAGAGAUCUCGUGGUACACCAUCCGGGACUCAAAGUUCCAGGGAAUAUGAUGCCAAUAUUAGACAAGCCACAGUUAAAUGGGCUAUGCUGGAGAUGGUGAAAAAUCCUUCCCCAUGCUUCAAAGAUGUUAUAGUAAAACAUUUCUACAUUAAGAAACGAGAGGUUAUAGCCCAAUGUGAAGCUUGGAUUCAAGAAACACAGCAAUACUGCAAUGAUAAGAGAGUGGGCAGGACAAUGUCACAUCAUUUAGCUGCAUUGAAAGUGAGUAACUCAUAUGGUUACCUUAGUACAUUACAUUACAUUGCAUGUGCAUAA